AUCUCUCUCUCUCAAGCCUUGGCUCGGAGAUGUCGAUGUGCUACUGCAUGAAACAGAACCGGUCAGUGAAAGAUGUUGGAUGGUGCCCGGAGGCUUGGAAGAGACGUCAACGCCGAGAGGCCUGAUGGAGGCAGACCGGCGGCUCGAGUGAGCGUUCUUGCCAGCAGGCUCUCGUGAUACGGUUCACCGCCAUAAUAUCAAGGGCGGGUAUAUGAAGAGGGAAGCCCUAGUCGGUGAAUUGGCUCGAUCUGGUUUCGUCGACCCAGACUAAAGGCAGUUGCCGAGGAGAGUUCUUUGUUCUAGAAACAAGCCAUCCCCAAACAAGACAACCUCAUCCCUCUCUGGGCCGAGGAUACAUAUCAUCAACUACCUUCAUUCCUCAUCUUCUUACUGUCAAUUCGUCUAUCACUUUAGCUCAAAUCAUCUGAAAAAAUCCCCCAUACCCUUUUCAUCACCACAAGUUGAGACAAAAUGGCACCCUCUGCGUUACCGGAACAGCCCCAGAUGUACGCAUCAACCAUCUCGGAGAUGGCACGCGGCCGCAAGUUCUACCCUUCCAACAAGUUCAUCAUCAGCUGCGGCACCGUCACAAUCGACAUGCGGGCACGGCGCGUACUCCUCAUCUACAACAAGAGACACGCAAUUUACCAGAUGCCCAAGGGGCGGAAAGAUAUCGGCGAAGGCCUCCUCGCAGCGGCGUUACGCGAGACCCGCGAGGAGACUGGAGUCACGGUCAAGCCCAUUACCCUGAGACUCAGCACGAGAGCUACACCUGCGGGUGGUCCCUCUGGUGCCCCGGAAGUGUCCGAGGAGAUCACCGAUACGGAACCGAUUGCCGUGUGUCACUACCCAGACCCGGCCACCGGAGCUAUGAAGAUGGUGUUUUACUUUGUUGCGGAAGGGAAUUGUGAUCUUGGGCCGGAGGGUUGGACGGGAGAGGACAGGGUCAAGUUUGAUGUCAGCUGGGUUGAUGUUGAUGAAGCUGCGGACAAGUUGGCUUUCAAGGAGGAUGGCAUGGUCGUCACCAAGGCUCUGGAGGAUUUGAGAAAAUCGGGGUAUGAUUUCUGAUUUCUUGGGGUGCUAUGUGUUUCUAUUGGGUCGGAAAAGUUGGGCGUUGGCCAUUGGAAAACGGGAGGCACGAUUUGCGUGGGGUAAUUUGACUUGAGCACAACCGCGGCAGCAUCUGGUGUUGGUAUUUGUCGGGAUUCUCUCCUUUUUCUGGGCUGGAGAACAUCUGGAGGCAAAGAAAUUUGAACCAAAUUGUUUACAGGAAGCAGUUUCCAAUUGAAGUUUGUUCCGGUCACUUUGGUGCAUCUCAGUAGCCUGGUGAGCGCC